AUGUUUCGUAUCCAGCUCGGCGAACACCCUACGAUUCAGCCAUGUGUUGCUUCACUGUCAUCCAUGCGGUCGCGUUUUGCGUACGCACAGGUUCUCCCCGAACUAUUCUCCGAGGCCGAUGAGCAGGACUACUUGACAAACAAGGAGUUGGCUGAUCGCCUGCAUCUUCAGCCGCCUGUUGUGGCCGCUCUGACAGACGAUGUCAUGAUUCGAGCCCCGCAAUUUGACAAUGACAAGGAGGGCAACCGGCGCGUUAUCAAUGUGGGCCUUGCCAUUCGUCCGCAUAAUUCUCGUGCCAAUACAAUCGGCUGGUCGAGAUUUUCAGCCACGCGGGGUAUGUGGCUCUUCUCCCAGCGUGUUCUCGACGUCUUGCGCAAGUACGCGGAGCUCUUUCCUGAACUGACCAACUACCUGAGCGGUUGGAAUUGCAGGGGUGUUGCUGACAGUAAUCACAUCUUCCCUCAGGACACCUUGUAA